GCCGCUUCCGCUUCCGGUCCCACCAUCUUGCCGUGAGACAGCAGCAAGCGGGGAAGUGGUGGAUUCGGAGCAAUGAUGCUUUCGGCCGCUGGCUACGUUGGCCCUGUGCUCGGGUUGCACGAAGAGGUUAGACGGGGCUCUGCAGCGCAACAUCGCUUUUCCCCUUAUACUUUCAAUGGCGGGACCAUAUUAGCAAUUGCUGGUGAAGAUUUUGUUGUUGUUGCUUCUGACACCCGACUGAGUGAAGACUAUGCAAUUCACAGCCGGGACAGCCCUAAAUGUUACAAGCUGACAGACACAACACUUAUUGGCUGCAGUGGAUUUCACGGAGACUGUCUUACGCUUACUAAAAUCCUCGAAGCAAGGUUGAAGAUGUACAAGCAUUCCAAUAACAAGACCAUGAGUUCAGGCGCUAUUGCAGCCAUGCUGUCUACAAUCCUGUAUUCCCGACGCUUCUUCCCUUAUUAUGUUUACAACAUAAUUGGUGGACUGGAUGAAGAAGGGAAGGGUGCAGUAUACAGUUUUGAUCCAGUAGGAUCCUACCAGAGAGAGAGUUUCAGAGCUGGUGGAUCAGCUAGUGCCAUGCUGCAACCCCUGCUGGACAAUCAGGUUGGCCUCAAGAACAUGCAGGGCGUGGAACAAGUGUCUUUGUCCUUGGAAAAGGCUUUGCAGCUGGUAAAGGAUGUCUUCAUUUCUGCUGCAGAAAGAGAUGUAUAUACAGGAGAUGCACUAAAGAUCUGCAUUAUCACAAAAGAUGGAACUAAAGAGGAAGCCUUUCCCUUGAGAAGAGACUAAUCACUGCACUGUUCAGUCAAAAUGUUUAGCCUCUAACAGUCAUUUUUAUGCAGAUUGUUUACCAAUAGCAUGUUAACAUUUGAUGUAUUAAAAUAAGGAAUCAAAAGAAAUAA